AUUCGCUUUAUGACCCACAAAAUAACUCAAAUUCCCAUAAUCCUCAGUUUUACGUGGUGACGUUUUCAGCAUAACAAACAAAUCCGGAAGAGCAUAAUUGAUCCAGAUUAGACAGUUUGCUACACAUUCAAAAUGCUGAAGGCUGUGAUUCUCAUUGGAGGCCCGCAGAAAGGUAAGUGUUAAAUAAAUAACUCUUUUACAAAUGCAUACAUGUUCAUUCUCCAGUACUGCUCUAGAGCCAUGUAUCUCGCUAACGUUAGCUAGUUAGCCUUGCUUUAAAGGGCUAGCUAACUAGUUGUAAUGAAUGACGUGGCGUGUUCAUGGAAACCCUCAGGUGCAGCUUGCAUAUCUAAACAUUCUGGCAAUAAGCAUUUGGUCGAAAAAGCUAACAAACACGAUUGCAUGGGCUGACAGCUUGCCACCAAGAUAGUUGAUAGACUUGCAUAAACAUUCUGUGCUAGCUAACGUUACCGGUACUUGAAUUGUCAUUAAUUGAACGAGUUGUGUGCUUUCAACGUCUUAGAAUAUAAUAUAAUAGUUUGGAGUGCUUUCUACUACAUCAAAUAUAAUCUAGAGUGGAAUAAUUUGUUUUUACUUUUCCUAAGGUCAAUUCUGAAAAUGUAAUGUGAUCAACUGAGCAGGUAACUUUCAUUGUCAUACAGGUACACGGUUUCGACCAUUGUCAUUUGAGGUCCCGAAACCCUUGUUUCCAGUGGCUGGUGUGCCCAUGCUACAGCAUCACAUUGAAGCAUGUGCCAAGGUCGGUUAGGACUGAUAAAAUAAUCAAUUUCCACAUAUUUUUCAUUGGUGGAAAGAAACAUGUUUUUAAUUCUCCCAAUAGGUGCCAAAUAUGAAGGAGAUUUUGCUUAUCGGCUUUUACCAGCCAAAUGAAGAACUUACCAGAUUCAUGUGUAGCGCACAGCAGGAAUUCAAAAUCUCAAUCAGGUAAACAAGAGGAUCUUACAGAAAUGUCAUAAGACAAGAUAAAGCAUAGAACACAUUCAGAAUGGAUGGAUCAUUGAUAAACUUGUUUAAACUCUUGUAGGUAUUUGCAGGAGUAUGCUGCAUUGGGCACUGGGGGCGGAAUCUACCACUUCAGAGAUCAGAUUCUAUCUGGUGGCCCUGAGGCAUUCUUCAUUAUGAAUGCUGACGUGUGCUCUGAGUUUCCUCUACCAGAGAUGCUCAACUUCCAGAAAGAACACGGAGAGCCAAGCAGUUUCAUCAUCCUGGGGACAACUGUGAGGAGACUCCCAUGAUUUCUAUGGCUAAGGCCUUGAAUAAUACAAGGAAAAGUUGGCCAAUGAACUGUUGGGAGUAUGUUUGGUGGGGACAUUGGGGUAUAAUUCCUUUGACUUUGAAUAGUUUUUUUCUUCUUUGUUUUGCAGGCAAACAGAAAGCAGUCCAUGAACUAUGGCUGUAUUGUGGAAAACCAGCAAACAAAUGAGGUGAUGAUGCAGCACAUUUUAGUCAUGGGCAAUUCCACUGUAACGGAAUUGUGCUGAGACUCAGAUCUUUCACUUAAAAUGUAUGCCAAACAAAAAACAUUAAUUUCAAACUUUAACAAACUCUAUGCACAAGGACUACUUUUAACAAUUUACACUGAACAUUUUACAAAAACACAUUUACUGGAAGAACUGUGCAGAUGCAAAUUUAGGUAAUGGAAUUUCUGUAAAAUCUCCCUCAGUUUGUGUGUCCACGUUUUCAAAACUCUCUUAAAUACUGCUGCAAAUUUAGAUUAAACUAUGUCUGCAUAAAGAAUGGGGUGUCAGCUAUGACAUGACACAUUGACUUUGAAAAAAAUCUAUUUGGGUUAUUGAACUACAUUAAGUGAAGUGGAUCAACACCCGUAACGGAAUUGCGGCAACGGAAUUUCAUCAUGGGUCCUUGAUCUUUACCACACAUAAAUGCAUAAUUAUGGAUAUGAACGUCAUUCUCUUCAUGGUGAUGUAUCCUAAAUAGGUACACAAAGGUAUAAAUAUGCAAUAGCCUUCUUUGCAUAUUUGGGUAUUAUUCUACACACUGGUUAUUAUUUUAAUGAGCUCUGCCCUCAAACCGGACCAAAUCUGAACCAAUUAUAAACAUCUAUGUUUCACAAGUUUGGACAUCAAAGUAGAGCUCAGUACAGUAUAAUUCAGCACAGUUCAGUAAAGGAUACACUGAUGUACAAACAUUAGGAACACCUGCUCUUUCCAUGAGACUGGUGAAAGCUAUGAUCCCUUAUUGAUGUCACUUGUUAAAUACACUUCAAUAAGUGUAGAUGAAGGAAAGGAGACAGGUUAAAGAAGGAUUUUUAUUGUGUUUGUGUGCCAUUCAGAGGGUGAAUGGGCAAGACAAAAGAUUUAAGUGCCUUUGAACGGGGUAUAGUAGUAGGUACCAGGUGCACUGGUUUGAGUGUGUCAAGAACUGCAACGCUGCUGGGUUUUUCACGCUCAUCAGAUUCCCAUGUGUAUCAAGAAUGGUCAAUCACCCAAAGGACAUCCAGCCAACUUGACACAACUGUGGGAAGCAUUGGAGCCAACAUGGGCCAGCAUCCCUGUGGAACGCUUUCGACACAUUGUAGAGUCCAUGCCCCGCUGAAUUGAGGCUGUUCUGAGGGCAAAAGGGGUACAACUCAAUAUUAGGGAAGGUCUUCCUAAUGUUUUGUACGCUGUGUAGUUCAGUAGAGUACUUUACAAUACAGUACAGUGUAAUCAACUCGUGUGCUCUACUGUGUAUUGUACUGAACUCUACUGUACUGAACUAUACUCUACUUUUCUUUACUGUACUGGGCUGUCCCAACUUGUGAACCCAACUGGUUUGUGACUACUAUGAUUUCCCAUUGUAGCCAAUUCAAUUGCAGAAAUUCGGAAUUUCGAGUUAAUCAAGUAAUAAUUCAUAAAUAAAAUGUAUAUCAGUAAACUAACUAAUUAAUAGGUCUACCUUCUGUGAACUUUAAUUAUAAAUGUGAAAAUAUCUUAAUGAUAUGUGGGUUUUUGGUAAUGGAAUUUUAAUGCACAAGGCAAUGUUUCUUAAACUUACAAAAGGCAGAAAAAUGUCUAACUAAAUAUAAGUGUUGAUAUUAGUUGGCAGGGGUCUUUGCUUCAACAGUGAGUAUUGAUGUACUUAGAACACCUUUUAAGACUUUUUUGCUAGAUGUUUUCUAAGACUAUCCAUCUGUUUGACAUGAAAUCAAAGCCUAAUAUUUAGGAUGGAAAAUGGUAGAAAAAUGUAUAUGCCUUCAUUUAUCUAAAAUAGACGUACCUUUCAUUUGACACCCAAUUAGACAUGCUCCUAUGAACUUCACGUUUGUGAUCAUGGUUCCUUUUACAUGCGUUUAUACAAACAUCUGACAGUUCUUACUUGAUUCAGAAAUGAUUUACUAAUCUGCUCUUAUUUCAGGUUUUACAUUAUGUGGAGAAGCCUAGCACUUUUGUUAGUGACAUCAUCAACUGUGGAAUCUACCUGUUUACCCCGGAGAUCUUCCAACAUAUUGGGGAAGUCUUCCAGAAGAACCAGCAGGACUUGCUGUUGUGAGUGGGAGGAAUCCCUCGGGGACCCUAUCUUGGGAGCAUAGAGAUCCUAUAAAGAUCCUAGGAUCUCUAUGCGUGGGAGUGGUGCAUGUGCAUGUGAUCAUUUCCUAUCCUUGGUUCUCCUCAUUUGUCUUAUUUCCUUUUUUCUUUCCUGCCAUCAUUCUGUUUCCUGUUUCCUGUUUCCCAUCACCCAUCACCAGAUAUCCAUACGAGGGGUAAGUCGGUACAGCUAGGGUGCACAGUGUGGUUGUAGAGUAGAGAUGUGCAUUAGUAAAAUACGUCACACCAAAAUAUGUAUCUAAAAAGUGUAUUUCUUUUUGGAGUCACAAUAACAGCACAUGGUGUGAUAGAUCAUUCUUAAAGCUGCAGUAUGUCACUUUUUGGGCGACCUGACAAUUCACAGAAAUGUGAGUUAUAGAUAUUUCGUUUUCAUGGAAAGCCUAAGAAGAAGGUAGAUGUGCACUUUCUAUGCCUCCUGUGCUUAAGUGUCAUUUUGCGUUUUGUACACCAGCUUCAAACAGCUGAAAAUACAAUAUAUUUUUGUUAUUGAAAAUAUAUUUCAGUUGUUUAGAUGUACAAUGAUUCUCUACACUAUACAUUGCUUGUUUUGUCACAAACUAUUUCCCCACACUGCACGUCCUCAUCACUUUUCAAGAUUGAGAGCGUUGGCAUACAGAUUUAUACAAUUGGUUAUUCACAAAUCACAUGUACAAUCAAGUAUUUCAGUAUAACAUUUGGACCCAUUCAAAAUAAUUGGUGUGAUGUAUUGAUAUUCAUAGUUUGGACUAUGAGUAUGUGUACCAUUACUCAAGUCAACCAUGUUGUCUCUGAUUCCUCUUCUGUCCAAUGCAUGUUCCUGUCACAAUCCAUUUUAAUACUACUGUGCUUGUCAACUUAACACUCCCCAUGUAUCCUUGGGCACUUGGGGAAUCCUUUACUCACUUUGUCUACAGCCCUUCAAACUGUCUUGUAUAGCCUUUCCAAAUUCAAUCAGAAAUAGUUGUGAUCUACCUUUGGUAAACACUGUACUACAGAAUAAUCUCCUACAUUGGUCUCUUCCUCAGAGAUGAGCAGACCAAUGGCAACGGCUGGCAUCGGGCUGAGGCCAUUCGGUUAGAACAGGACAUCUUCACAGCCCUGGCUGGGCAGGGCAAGCUCUACGUCUACAAAACACCCGCCUUCUGGAGCCAGAUCAAAUCUGCAGGGUGAGUAGGUAGUCUGCAUCUGUGGAAAAACUAUUGUGUGGUCAGUGAAACCUGAAGAUGUCGGAGUAGUAUACCCAACCAUAUUAUGAACCGGCUUUGUCUCAUUUUUUUUUAACAGGUCUGCAAUAUACGCCAGUCGCUUGUACCUUAACCAGUACCAUAAAACCCAUCCUGAAAGACUGGCUACAACUGAGGAUAGAGGGCCUAGAAUAAGUGGUAGGCUAAUCCAGUACUUGCCGUUUGUUAGCUUUGCAGUUUCUGGUUUGUGAUUACACACCAGUGAUUUGUUUUUGUGUCCCAGGAAAUGUUUACGUUCACCCAACAGCCAAUAUUGACCCUACUGCGGUGGUAAGUGCUUCUUGUCCUUGGUAUUACUACUUACCUAUGCAGCACAAUACAAUUCAAAACUCCUCAGUCAAAGACACAAGAACAACAUAUUCCUAAUAAUAAUAAUGAAAACAUUUAUUUUCUAUAGUUGGGUCCCAACGUCUCCAUAGGCACAGGAGUGACCAUCGGGGCUGGGGUGCGCGUGAGAGAGUCCAUCAUCCUCCACGGGGCUACUCUACAGGCAAGCAGUUACCAGAGGCAUAUCUUACCUUUGUGGCAAAUGUCUUUAAAAAAAAAAUUGUAUUAGCCAGUUCCUCAAGCGAAAAAUAAAUGCUGAAAUGGCUCUUCUUCCCUUGAUCAUAGCUCACAGAUCAUAUUUUUAUUUGUAUCGUGUCCACGUGUUGAUAAGUAUGAUUGAUAAUUGAGUGACCUAAUUCCGUUGUUAUGUUUAUUUUAGGAUCACAGUUGUGUGUUGAACUGUAUAGUGGGGUGGGACAGCACUAUCGGCAAGUGGGCCAGAGUUGAAGGAACUCCCAGUGACCCCAAUCCAAAUGACCCCUUUGCCAAAAUAGACAGUGAAACACUCUUCAGAGAUGGAAAACUCACACCAUCAAUCACCAUUCUUGGUAAGUUGCUAAUACUUUUACCCUUAUAAACACUGAGUUGAGCUGUACUGGGCUGGCCUGGUUAUGCAUACACCAUAGUUGCUGAAACUGUGCUGGAACGGACUACAAUAUCUGAGCCAGCACAGUGCGGUCCGGCGAGAUAGUGUGAAAGGUAUUGGAUAAGUGUUGAUUUUUGGAUCAUGUAACUUUUUGUAUAAAAUUAGUUCAUAAACAAUAACAUACAUACUAAACGACUACAUACAUCACCUGCCCAGACCCGUUAGCCCUCACCCUUAUCUCCAGCGCCCUUAUCACUUUCUGCCACAUGGCCUCAAACUGCGCCAUUUCUCUGUCGCCCACGCUUUUUCAAUUUUUAGAUCAAGCGUUUGACCUUUCCAUUGCGUGAACGACAGAGGAUUGGCUGAUUUCUAGUUGACAUUGUUUUAAUAUUGCUCUUUUUUCAGGAUGUAAUGUGACUAUCCCAUCGGAGGUGAUCAUACUCAACUCAAUUGUUCUGCCACACAAAGACCUCAACAGGAGCUUCAAAAACCAAAUUAUACUGUAGUUAAUUUGCUGUGUUCUGUUCAUUUAGUGUCAAAUGAAUUAAUGAGAGUAGCUUGAAGAACAAUGUCACUGCCUAUGGGUUCUUGUAUAUAAGAUGUCAAAUAAAGAUGACUUAUUUAGGUGUUUGGAAAGAUA